UGUGAACAUAGGUGGCGAAUGGGAAAACGCCAAUAGAAUAUCUACGUGUUUUUCUAUUUUUCUGUCUAAUUUUUUUAUUUUUUUGGCUUGCAUUUUCAUGCAAAAAAUAAGAAUUGGAAACCUAUCAAUCCUAACUCUGAACUAGGUUCAAAUGUAUUAUGUAUUAAUUUUUUUAUAGUAAUAUUUAAUUUUUAUAUUUAUUGUAUUAUAUUAAAAUAUUACUUACAGGAAAGAUUAUGGUCAUAUUAUUCCAUGUCUAACAUUGCCUUUCUUUCAUUUACUUAAAAUAUGUGAUAUGGUAAUAUAUAACCUCUAUGUAUAAAUUGGAUUCCUGUAUCAUGCUGACGAUGUUGUUAUGGUGGAAUACCAAUCAAUCAUUGGAAUUAUUCAAAUAUUGGAAUUAAACCUUCAUACAUACAUCAUGGAUUAUGAAUUCUGUUGACUGUAUAAUUUGUACUACUGUAUGUUAAUAAUCAAACAUGGUGUGCUGGAAAUCAACUCAAUGUCAAUUCCAUUUAAUCACAUUAUGAAUUGGACCUUGUGAAUUGUGUAAUUGUUUUGUUUUAUUUUUUAAAAGAAAAAAAAAAUGCUCAACUUUAAACAUCCGUUUACUGCUGAUUAAAAAAAAACAAUGCCCUAUCUCCGAUGUGGAGCAUUUAGGUAUUUUGGUUACAUGCCGCUUCGACUUUGUGGGACUGGUGAGGACCGGUGUAUUGUCCCUUGCCACAUGACUGUUCUGGAAUCAUUGUAUUAAGCCAAUUAGGAUGCAAUUGGAACCAUCCUUCGUAUACUAUCUUUGUAUUUGACACAAACUAUAGGUUAGUCGACAUUCGCCAUUUUCGGUGGCAAAUAGGCUAUUGGCUGAUACCAAAUUGAAACAAUCAGGUUCGGGGUUGCAGAAUUCUUCACCAAAAUGUCGCUAGGCUGUGAUUGAAUAGCCGCCGCAACCCCGGUUAGCACUGUUGUAUUUGACACAAAAUAUAGUAGUCGGCGUUGGCCAUUUUUGAUGGUAAAUACAAGGCUAUUGGCUGAAAACAAUCCAGUUCGGAUUUGCAGAAUUCUUCAUAAAAGUGUUUCUUCAAAUAGUAUCUCGACGACAACGUGGGGAGUUGGCUAUUGUUUCCUAUAUUUUGAUAUAACGCGAUGCCCAAGAUGAAAAGAAAAAGUUUAGAGGUCAAAAAGAGGGAGAGAAGAGCAAAAAAGAAGGCCGAACAAGCUUGGAAAGACAGCAAUCGCAUCACAUCUUUUAACGACAAGGAGCGUGGUAGUGCUGUUUCGGAAUGGUCUCUGUCACAGUGUCUUGUAACCAAAGAAGAACUUCCAAAAUCUGUCCGAAUUUCAAGUCUGCCGACUAAAAAAUUAUUGGGAUCUUCAGGAAAAAGGUCUUUGUAUUCUUCUGAUUCAUUAUCUUCAUCUCAACCAUCUCAGUCAUCGCAAAAAACAGCAGACAAUUUCAGUUCGAAAUCAAGUGUUCCAGCCUUGAAAAAAUCAGUAACUUGGUCAAAAAAUGUUGGCGAAAGUAUUGUGACAUCACUGAAAUGUGAUAAAAAGCACCAAGAUUAUUUCACCGUGGUACGACAUGUGAAAAAUUAUCAGAAUUGCUUGGAAGAAGGUGAAAUACAAGAAUAUGAAGAUGAAGUUUUAUAUUUGCAAGAAGGCCUUCCAUCUCAUCAACCCAUCUCUGUCAGAUGUUUCUCUGUAACCAGUCUUGCUUGUAAAUGCGAACAACAAAAUUUCAGACUUUAUCUACGAGCUCAUAAUGUUUUGUCCAAAGUGUUUGACGACUUACAAGAUGCUGAUGAAAAUAAAGUACCGGCACUAUCACUGGCUACCUCAUCGUUAUUAUACAUGUUAAGUAGAGAUAGACAAAUUGAUAUAAAUAAAGCUACGUUAAGAAUUCUACUGAAGCUGGUUGAUCCAUUAGAAAAAAAUAAAAAUGGCGGUUCCUCAAAUAAACCAAAAAUAGCAACACCACCAAAAUCCAAAUUUUCUAAGCUUUACAAACGUAAGCAAGAAGCGCAGACAACGAAUUCAGAUCAAGAAUUAGAAGCCGUCAAAAACAAAAUAAAAGAUCUGAUAGAUCGAUGUGGAGAUCCGCUCGUUACUUCACAGGAUUUAUCGACUAAAGUUUUAGCCAGUGAAGCAUUGUUACGAUAUACUGCACGAAAAACUAGUGAGUGGUUCCGAGAAGAAAUCAGAUUAAAAGGUGGACUGGAUCAUGUCAUCAGCUUGGUGAAAGCGCAAGUGGAUAUUAUUGAAAAUCUUCCUGCAAAUCUUGACUGUUCAUGUCAACCUUUACGUAUCGAGCGACCCCUAUGCACAUUGGAAAGAUUACUUCAAGUUUUAGAAAAUGGAAUCAUUAAUUCUGCUCGGAAUGCUAUGUACCUUGUUACACACCAAAGAGCAUUGCUACUGAAGAAAAUAUCUCUAUUAAUGACUCGAUGUAAGAAAUGGUUGGCACAGACAGAAGAUGUUCGUGAACCUGAUACACCACCUUCAUCUUCCAAAGCAAAAGCUUCAUUGCUUAUUAAGAAUGUGAUAGCACAAAUUAUCAAAUUACUUGUUAAUAUUAGCAAUGACAAUGAAUGGUCAAGUACACGUAUUGGUGAUCAAGAAGGAAUGUUAGAUAACAUAUUGUCAUGCAUUUUACAUAUUCCUGAACAUGUUGAUGAGGAACAUAGAUAUGAAAUUAGGCUGUUGAGUUUGGGUCUUAUGGUAAAUCUCGUGGAGAGCAGUGCUAAAAAUCGAAUAACACUUAUGCAAAUGAAAACUCCUUCUGUUAACCAAGAUGAUGAAGAAAUUUCAAUUGUUGAUGCUUUAGUUCAGCUUUUCAUCGAUCGUGAAGUCGCUGCAAGAGAUAAUGAAAUAUUAGGAGAAGACGGGGUCAAAAGAGCAGCUGAAGCAAAACGAAUGCAGAAAGCUGGAAGUGCCGAAGGUUUGAACAAAUCAUCACAGCAUGCCGUUGGAUUGGGUGAUGCAGAUGAUGAAGGAUAUUGGGUUGAAAGUGAAGAAGGUAUGGAAUGGGUUUCUGUACAAUCGAAACGAGAUGACAAUGAUUUACCCAGUAGUCAGGGAUCCCACAGGUCGAUCACAAAUCCUAAUAAUAUUGAAGCCAAACUAACUGCCGAAGAAAAAGACGAAAUGAGACAAGCACUUGAAAAAGCAAACGAUCAUAUGGAAGCUUCAAUAAUUGCAUCUUAUACUGCCCUUGUGCUCGGAUGUCUCAUUCACGGAAGUCGAAUGAAUGCUACGGCAAUCAGAUCCAGACUUCCAGAUAAUGGAGAUAUAUCAUCUAUGAUUAAAAUGUUGAAAAAAUUCCUGUCUUUUAUGUAUUUAACGCACGGAAUGUCCAAAAAGGGAGAACAAAAAUUGAUUCAAGUGAUAGAAGACAUGGAAGAAGUGAAUUUAGAUAAAUCAAUUUAAUGAUUUUGUUAUCAGCUAUUAAUUUAAUUAAAUCCAACUCAUGCAUUGAAUGAAUAAAUGGGGUGUUUUGUCAAGUUGGUUGAAUGUAUCGACCUGUUUUUUACCGAGAUCUAUGUUCUAUCAUUUUUGCUAAUUAGGAAUAAUUAAAGGUUAAAAGGUUAUUUAGAAUAUGAUCACUAACAUUACAAAGAAAACUUCAGUCUGUCCAGACACUUUGCUGAUAAUAUUUUUGUGAAAUCGCUACAUUUUCGCUUCUGUUUCUAUUUUAUACUAUACCGGGACCAGUUCCAAGCAUUAUCUGUUUGGUAUUGUGCUUUUUCUCCACCUGGAAGCAUUAAUUGGGAUGUAUUAAGUUUUGCCAUAAAAUUAGCUGGAAAAUCGUUAAAACUAGGUGAAAAUAUACUUGAAGCUUACAAUUUUUUGCAUAAUCAGGGAAGAAUUUUAUUUAAGUUUUUUAUUUACUUUUUAUUGCUUAAUUUAUGAUGGUUUGUUGCAUAUUUGAAUCUAUUUUUGUGUGUAAGUAAAACUCAAGAUUGGAGUCCAGUUUUCACAAAAUAUUUUAGAAAUGUUCAAGCACCCUACAAACAUAUUAUCAAAGUCAAAAAUUUAUUUUGUAUAGUUGUUUAUAUAUAUGAUUUAAAUAAAUGAAUUCACAAUUGCUAUGCGCUAAUUCGAAAUCCGUACAGCUAGAGAAUAUGAAAAUCCUAACCUAAUUUAUAGAAAGAAUCAAUACAGCUUUUUUACAUAAGUAUCAAACACGUCAGUAAGUGAAGUAAAAUACAUCAUUAUAGAUUUUUGAUUAAAUUUUUCUCCAAUGUUAAAAAUGUCACUAUUACUAUUAUGGAGUCUUGUUUUAUUCCAAACGAGAGUGUAGGAAUCAAAGUAACAGAUACGUCGUUCAAAAAAAAAUUUGACAUAAGCCAAUGCAGUUUAACUUCAAAAUGUUUGUCUCUGAAGGUUCCUUGUUGUGCCAUUUACUUUAUAUUCUUGCGACAGAAUUGCAUUCCCGUCAUAAUGUAGUAAUUUAAUUAUUUUUUCUAUUCAGAAUAUAUGUAUAUUAACUGGUUUAUUAAGCUAUGUUGUGUAAACUCUUGGGUAAAUUUUUUUCGAGGUUUUGUGAUGUGGGUAAGAGUUGAUUUGUGAUGGAGACCUCACAAGAUUGAAUAUUGAAGCUGAUGACUUAUUUGUUAUAUUUUGAAAAAAUUUGUUAAUAUCACAAUAAACAAGAUCCUUAAACAAUGUGAUCGCAAAUAGAUUUGGAACUGGCAUUCUCAACAUUACAUAUAUUCCUCGAAUGUUCCUGCUCUUGAUUCUGAUUCCUCUCACUGUGUUUACAAUUUCAAAAAAUCAUUGGAGUUAUGUCAGUCAAAAACUAAUGUAGAUUUCUUGUUCGAUUUCAACUCAACUAAAAUAACAAUGUUUUGAGCUUGCAAAUCAUAAUGUAUUGCUAAGGUUUAUUAUUGUUAUUGUGAAAUAAUUUAUGGCAUAUGCCUGGAAUGUGAUUUGUUUUGAUGAAACAAAUUUUUCUACUGGUGUAUUUUAUCUUAAGUUCAUUUGUUAUCUUCUGUUUCAUGUGGUAUAAUUGUGUUUAUGAAUUAUGAUCCUUUUUGUUAUUGAUAUUCUGCUCUGGUCAGUUUCUGCUAACAGUUUAAAUGUUGUUAUUGAAUAUUUAAAAGCAUUUUCCAUCUCUUAAA